AUGCCCCUAGGCUAUCGCAUGCCUGCUAGGCUACGCCGAAAGGCUGGUCAGACGCUCAAUUGGAUACAUCCUCAUUCCACUCCUUCUCCACAACGUGGUAGAUCUUUCAGAUUCUCUGCGAAGAGAUGGACCGGUUACAAGAAUGCUGAUCAGAAGUACGAACAUUUGAAGCAAAAACAACCAUUGAGAUAUCGUCUCAAAAUGGCUUGGAAGGACACUCCCACAAAGUGGUAUCCUCUCCCUAUUGGUAUUGGUGCCGCACUUCUCGCUUUUCUUAGCAUGCGUAAUCGCAAUUGGUCUACCAACAACGAGCCUCAAGUUGUGUUUGACGGACAAGCUAUGAAAUUGCAAGGGCCAUGGCAAGUGCAUGUUAUCGGUGCACUACCACUCCGACAACUCUCCAGACUUUGGGGAUACGUUAACUCUUUCGAAAUUCCAAUAUGGGCACGUCCAACUGGUUUCAAAAUAUACUCUUGGCUAUUCAAUUGCAACCUCGAUGAAAUAACUCCAGAAGAUCUCACCUUAUAUCCCAGUCUUGGUGUGUUUUUCUAUCGUAAACUCAAAUCUGGCGCGAGACCAAUAGCCGAAUCACCAUUAGUUUCACCAGCUGAUGGUACACUUUUACACUUUGGUACAAUUGAAAAUGCACAAGUUGAGCAGGUGAAAGGAGUUACUUAUAGUUUGGAUGCUUUAUUAGGAUUGACUGAUAGAGCAUCUGAUUCAUUAUCACUUUAUCUCAAUGAAGGAAGCCCAAAUGAUCCCCACGAACACGUCAAACAUACAGAUUUUGCUAAUGUUAACGGUAUAGAGUAUAGUUUGGAUGAGUUGCUGGGAAAGCAGCAGAAGGAAGGUUCCACUAGAGAUGCCGCUAUUGAACAUGAUCUAAGUGCUGCUGCUAUAUCCCAUGAUGCAAAAGUUGCACAAGAACUUGGUCGACAAGUGAUAGAUAGAGCUAUUGAUAGUGAUAGUGAUAGUAAUAGUGAUAGUGAUACAAGCAACACUCUUUCAAAACCCACAAUAAAACCAGGUAAUAAACUAUUUUUCAGCGUCAUUUAUCUCGCACCUGGUGAUUACCAUAGAUUUCACAGUCCAGCUGCAUGGGUGGCAGAAAAACGAAGACAUUUUGCAGGAGAUUUGUUUAGUGUCUCACCGUGGAUGGCUAAGCGAUUACCCAACUUGUUUGUUUUGAAUGAAAGGGUUGCGUUGCUAGGAAGAUGGACACAUGGAUUCUUUAGCAUGACUCCAGUUGGGGCGACAAACGUUGGAUCAAUUAUACUCAACUUUGAUAAAGAUUUGAGGACAAAUGUUGGUAGAAGGCCACCACGUACAGGUGCAUAUAAGGAAGCAGAUUAUGCUAGAGCAUCGAGGGUACUCAAAGGACAGCCACUUCAACGUGGUGAGGAAAUGGGCGGAUUCUGUUUAGGAUCUACGGUUGUAAUGGUGUUUGAAGCGCCUGAGGAGUUUAAAUUCUUUGGGAAUCCAGGUGAUAAAGUGAAGAUGGGAGAGGCGAUGAUGGGAUAG